UCGGUCGAGCCACCUUCAACUGUCAGACCAGGCGCGGCGAGUUUCGCGACGGUGAAAAGAUGGAUUCAACGAGGCCGUCGUCGCGGUAGGCACGAAAUCAAGAUACGAUUAUAUCCAGGACGAAUCGAGGCCCGAUGCCCCGUUCGGAAUAAGGCCUCGCAAUCGCGACAGACAACCAGCGGCGAAAAAUUCACGGCUCCGCGGCCCGACAAUGACCCCGCCGCCUCUUUGAUGUCAUAUCAUCAGCCAUAUGACGACUCUGCCAACGAUGCAGAUCCAUCUACGGAUAAGGGAGACUUAUUGCGAAAUCUCAGUGACAAACGAUCGUGUGUCGAGGCUGUGACGUCCGGGUACAAAGCUGCGACCAUCGAGCAAAGAACGAGGGACGAAGAGGGCGGAAAGAGGAGCUUGGUCGAUCAAAGAAGGAAAGAUGAUGAGUCUCGGUUGUUCAGCGAUAUUUGCCGAAUAUGUCACAUGGGCAGUUUCUCAACGACCGACGAAAAUCGAGCAAGCCGCGAAAGACAGAAUCAACCUGUUCGAAGAGUUGACAGUCAAACGUCCACAUUAUCGUCCUACGCGUAUCUCGGCCCUUUGAUCUCGGCUUGCAAGUGUCGGGGGACAGUAGCGUUGGUACAUACGGAAUGUCUUGAAAGAUGGUUAACAGAAUCGGGUCACUCGAGAUGCGAGCUUUGUGGCUACAAAUACGCAACUAAAAGAGUACCGCGUCACACUUUGUUCCGUAGUGUCGCAAUAUGGUUCAAUACCGUAUUAGUGACUCGUCAGAUGCUUUUGGAUAUAUUAUACCUAGUAGUGACUACACCAUUAGCUCUAUUCUCCUGCUACAUUUGUAUUCUGGCUCUGAGAAUGUUGCUGAAACGUGGCUUACAGGAGAUGCCCUGGAUGGUCGUUGCUAUGCUCCCUACCUGUUCUCUCACUCUAAUCGCCUACUGGGGUUGGAUAAUAACUUUGGCCAGACUGCACGGGCGUAGAUGGCGGCGUUAUUGGAGGAGUAAUUUCGUCGUACGUUUGAUACCUGACGAUUCCAUCGGUGAAACGAACCUGAGGCAAGGAGAGAUCAUUGAACGUCAACUUUAUCAGCAAAACUACAUGGACGACGAAACGACAGAGAUUCACCAUACAAAUUCCCGUCAAUCGAUCGAUCUGAACGAUACCUCUUGACUCUCUCGACUCUCCAGUAAGAUUUAAUUGCUGGUAACGUCGUUUCGUUGAAAAGCGGCUUCAAUCAAGCUGAUUACUUGCUCAUUGACGAUGAUUAAUUGUAUUAGGGUGCCCGAGUUUUCACGUCGCUUCCGGUUGUCUGUCAUCUCAUACCAGAGUAUAAAUUGAGAGAAGCGAAUACAGUAUAAAUCCAGAAGUUCUUUCCUUUUUCUUUCUCUUCUUUCAGCUCGAUGCUUCCAUGCACGAUGUUCGCCGUUAUUGUUGCAAUAGCGUUUUUCAUGAUUUUGGUUCAUCUCAUGAUAACGGUGAACAACAGACUGUUUAAGAUCGCUGUAAAAUUUCAGAUUGCUGCGCUGAUGUUAAUAAAGCAUUAAGUUCUUCUGCUACAGUGGUUUCGUUCAUUUUACAAAGCGGUCGAAAUGGCUAAAUUAUAAUUCCUUGGAGUUCCGCAGAUUUUGUUGUGUUUCUAGAAAAAUUUUUGAAUGAUUUUUGUAUUAUAAAAUACAUGAAUAAAGACAACUUAAUUCUUUGAAAUUCUUUUUUAACUAUGGGUAGACUUAUAAUGUGAAAACGAACGUAAAGUCAAAAAAAGAUGUUCGAAUGAAGAAGAACAGGCGUAAGGAUGAACGAAAGUGAGGGAGAUUGGAAAUACAGAGCGGAAAAGGUAAAAAAGAGUCAGAAAGUCACGAGGAUAAAAAGAAAAGAAGUUAACCGGGUAAACCAGCUUCGAGAGAAGUUGUCCGUGAUCAAAAAUCCCGUUGGGUUUCACUUUCGAUAGAUGGAAAGUUAUUACGAGAGGGACGUCACUCUAUCUCGUCAAUCCGAAAAAUGACGAUACCAGUUUCUCACAAUUAUAUUUACAUAAUUAUUAUAAAUAU